AUGCCGCCAUCACAACUUAAGAGGCUAAAAGCCUCACUUCGAGAGCAAGGAAUUGUCGGUCCCCAGCAAUCGAAGAAACAAAAGAAACAGAAUGCACAGAAUGGCGCAAACAAGGAGAAGAAGAUCAAGAGGAGCGUCGCGCUCAGUGGGAUUCGUGAUCAGUUCAACCCAUUCGAGAUCAGGCAAGCCAAAGCACCCAAAUUUGAAGUUACGAGCAAUAAAACACUUAGCGGGAGGAUCUCGAAAGGUAUCAAGAAACCGGGUGUUGCGAGGGGUCUUGCUGAAGAGAAUCGCCGUAAAACUCUGCUUGUUGAGAUGCAGAGCAGGAAUCGAGUGGGAGGUAUAAUAGAUAAGCGUUUCGGAGAAAACGACCCUUCAAUGGCUCCUGAAGAUAAAAUGCUCGAACGUUUCACACAGGAGAAGCAGAGAGGCCACAAGAAUAGCUCGGCGUUUGAUCUUGAGGACGACGAAGUAUCUGGUGAACUUACACACAUGGGGCAAUCACUUUCUCUGGAUGGUCCUACAAUUCGGGAUGAUUUUGAUGAUGAGGGCUUAGAACUGUCGGAUGCUGACGACCACGAGUCGGACGAGGAGCGACAAGCACGAAAACGCCGCCGAGGCUCAAAUUCUGAAGGUUCAGACGAGGAUGAGGAAGGAAAUUCUUUGCCCGAACGAAAGAAGUCGAAGCAAGAGGUUAUGAAAGAACUUAUCGCUAAAUCUAAAAUGCACAAAUAUGAGCGUCAAGCAGCCAAGGAGGACGACGAGGAUCUGCGAGAAGAAUUAGACAAGGAAAUGUCGGGCAUUCAUGAACUUCUUCGCGGCAUGGCUGCUAAACCACCACCUCCACCGCCUGCACCACCCGCGGAUAUUCCUGGCAUGAAUCCGGAGCGGAUAGCAUUGAUGAACGGGGGCGAUCGAGCAAAGUUGGAAAAGGAAUACGAUAUUCGAAUGAGGCAAAUGGCGCAAGACAAGCGAUCCCAACCUACAGAAAGAUCGAAAACAGAGGAUGAGAAGAUGGAGCAGGAAUCAAGAAGAUUGAAAGAAUUGGAGGCGAAGAGAUUACGUCGUAUGGAAGGUGUGACCGAAGAUAGUGACGACGAAGAAGAUAAUAAACCACGAAGAGUUGGCGAUGAGGAGGAGGAGGAAGAAGAGGAAGAGGAAGAUUACGGAUUAGGUUCUGGUAUCAAAACCAGACCUAGUGCUGCAGAAUUAGGUGCCGACGAUGAGGAUGAUUUCAUCAUAGAUGAUGAUCUCGUAGCGAGUGGCUCAGACAUCGAUGAGUCGGAGGGCGAAUCUGAUGAAGAGGAUGGUGAAUCUGAUAAUGAAGACGACGAGUUUCUCGAAGGCCUGCUUACCGAAGAGGAGGCAAAGAGACCGGAGUUCUUGACCGGUGCAAAUGCUCCUCUUCCUGAGGUUGAGAUGCCUACCAAAAAUGGUGUUAAUGGUGACCUUGCUUAUACCUUUGCAUGCCCACAAUCACACGAAGAGCUUCUUGAGAUUACCAGAGGUAUCGCUUUACUAGACCUACCAACCGUUGUACAGCGUAUCAGAGCUUUGCAUCAUCCUAAACUCAACUCAGAAAACAAGGGAAAGCUAGGAAACUUUUCUGUUUCCCUCAUUUCCCAUAUCUCUUACCUCGCCAACCAAGCUCAGCAACCCCCUUUCUCCGUACUAGAGAACAUUAUCCGACACAUUCAUUCGCUCGCCAAAACGUUCUCUCUUGAGAUUGCUAAUGCUUUUAGACGACAUCUCGACGAAAUCAAUCAAUCACGAGCCCUAUCUCUUAAAGCCGGCGAUCUCGUGAUUCUGACGGCCAUCGGAACGAUAUUCCCUACGUCAGAUCAUUUCCAUCAAGUAGUUACCCCUGCGAUCCUUACUAUGGGACGAUAUCUUGGCCAAAAGAUUCCUCAGACUUUGUCUGAUUACACAAUGGGAGCAUAUCUCUGCAGUUUAUGCUUACAAUAUCAAAGGUUAUCGAAGAGAUACGUCCCAGAAGUGGUAGGCUUUAUUGAGAAUACUUUAUGUGCUCUUGCGCCUAGCAAGCUGGCAAAAAUUCCAGGUUGUUUUCCAUAUCAUGAGCCAAAGAGCUCAGUUAGGAUCGAGAAGGUCACGGAAUCGGACCGGCAGAUCGCCUUUUACGACUGUGUUGCACUAGAAUCAUCAGCAGAUGAUGAAGAGUCGUCAAAGGCCGCUUUGCUAGAGGCAACCAUCAAAAUCUUAAACGCAAGUGCCGAUUUGUGGACAGACAAAUCAGCCUUUACCGAAGUCUUUGAACCAGUCUUGACCAUCCUAAAACACCUGGGAAGCAAAUCUUGCAGGUCAAAGCUCUCAGAAAGUAGUCAAACCCUCAUCCGCAAAUCCAGAUCAAAAUUCCAAACCAUGCUACAGCUAGCGCAUCUCGCUCGUCGCCCUCUCGAAUUACAUCACCACAAACCCCUCGCCAUCAAAACCUCCAUCCCCAAAUUCGAAGACUCCUAUAAUCCAGAUAAACACUACGAUCCUGAUCGUGAACGUGCCGAGACGGCUAAGUUGAAGGCAGAGCAUAAGAAGGAGAGGAAGGGCGCCAUGCGCGAAUUACGCAAGGAUAGCAAUUUCAUCGCGAGAGAGAGUUUGAGACAGAAGAAGGAGAAGGAUGCUGCGCAUGAGAAGAAGAUGAAGAGACUUAUUGCUGAGAUUCAGGGUGAGGAAGGAAAAGAGGCGAAGGCUUAUGAGCGGGAGAAGGAAUGGAGGAAGAAGGGGAAGAGAUAG